AUGGCGUGGCAGAACGGAAAAAUCGCACGAUUGUGGAGAUGGCGAGAAGUAUGCUCAAAGCUAAAGAAGCUUCCCAACAACUUGUGGGCCGAAGCAGUCAACAGGAAAAUUUACAUCUUCAACAGAUCACCAACCAAAGCAGUUCCGAACAAGACGCUGAUACAUGCGUGGCACCACCGGAGGCCACAGGUGGAUCACCUCAAAGUCUUUGGGUGCAUAGCUUAUGCACAUAUCUCUACACCAAACCGAGAUAAGUUUGACCAGAAGGGAGAGAAGCUGAUCUUCACCAGCUAUAGUGAUGAGUCCAAAGGCUAUCGUCUUUACAACCCUGUAAAGAACGAAGUGGUGGUUUCCCGAGAUGCGAUCUUUUAUGAGAUGGCGGAGUGGAAUUGGGAAAAUCCAAUUUCUCAAUCUCCACCAAUUUAUGAAAUUCUGGAGGACUCAGCAACUCCAGACGACCCCCAGCAACGACCCAGAUCCAGUUGCAAGUCCGGAAAGAAAUUUUGCACCUAG